CAAACAAGGCCAGUACAAGACCUCAAAGAAACGUGAAGCGUAUCCGCAUAUUUGCAGACUCAGAUUCAGAGAGCAGCAGCACAUCAUCAUCAUCAUCAUCAGGCAGUUCAGAUGAGGACCUAAGUGAUCUUGCAGAUGACAGAGAAGAAGUUGUAAAGAAGAAAAGAAUGGUCAGGUCCAGAAGUGAACGCUCGCCAAUCUUGAACAUCGUCGAAAGCGAGCACGACUACAUUUCGUCACCCGAAAAGGAAGAAAAGUCUCAAGAAGAAGUAGAAUAUAGUUCAGAAGUUGAAGACGAGGAAAAAGCAUGUCUCAAACAUGAUCACGACUAUACAGAAUUAAUAAGUGAGGAAGGCCCCAGCAAUGUUGAUAACAUAGUGAGUGAAAAUGAACCUAUGCAAAGUGGUCGGGGCAAAACUAUCAGUAAAAACGACACCAGUAAUCAAAAGAAAGGAAAAUCGUCACUGAAAUCAACACUCCAAGAGAACAACACAUUGUCAAGUGCCGCUGACAAGAAAAACAAAAAGACUGCGAAGAAACGUGUAAGAUUUGAAGACAUUCCAGAAGACAAGAAACCGAUUGAAAGGAAGGGGAAGAGAGCAAAAAGUCGGAUGGAUGCUGGGAGCUCUGAGGAGGGUCAGCAGUGGGGUCAAAGGUUACCUGUGGAGGUCAUUGUGAACAUGCUGCAGUUUGCUGUGGCAGACCAGGGGGCAGUGCCGUUACUUUGUAGGGUAGCCAAAGUUUGCCAUUUCUGGUAUGAGGCGACCAAACACCCCUCUUUAUGGCGGCACGUGGACUUGUCCACGGGACACGUCCUGCCCAACGCGCGGUCAGACAAGACGCUGCAGUGGCUGGCAGAGAACAGGUUCUCACAACUCCGCAGCCUCAACCUCAGUCACUGGGUCUUCCUCACCAGGCAGGGCAUUCAGCACCUUGCCUCCAGGUGUCCCACUCUGCAGCACAUUAAGUUAUUCAGAUGUGGUAAUCUGACAGCUGAAGGAGUCACAAUGCUCGCUGACAGGUGCCCAAACCUUGUCAACUUUGACCUUUCUGGUGUUAAAUCUCAUAUGGUGAGCCCGACCUGUGUGAAGUAUGUUCUAGAGAAGACUGGCCCUAGACUGAAGGAACUCAACCUGUCCAGUAACAAACUCAUGGGAGCUCCUGGUAUCUUCAAGUGCAUUGCUAGCUGCCCCCAGCUGGAGGUGUUAGACCUGAGUAACUGCCAUUUCUCCUCCACCCCCCUGCUGCCCAUCGAGGUUCUGCAGACAGGCUGUCCCCGGCUCAGGGUCCUCAGGCUGGCUGGAACUGACAUCGCUGCUGGUAACGCUACCCUCGCUGUCCAGGAUCGUUCCCCAGGUUUCCCUGAGCUGCGUGAAGUCAGCCUGGCCAGUAACACCCUCCUCACAUCAACCUCUGUCAACAACGACUUCAUCUGUAGGUUGUUGAAGACCUCGUACAAGCUGAAGCUCCUGGACCUGAGAGGAUGUUCAAACAUCAGCACGGCAGGACUGCAGAGUCUGCCUGUCACCUGUCUGGAACUCUUCUUCAUCUCCAACACCAGCAAUAUACAGUACAGCUAUGAAGGGAUAGAAGUCAUCAUACAAAAGUGUCAGCACAGCCUUGUAGAGGUGGACCUGUCCUGGAAUCUGUAUGAAGACACAAACCUGGACAGAACUCUGAGGAAACUGUCCUCCUGCCGAGCCAGCUCCCAGCUGAAGGUGUUGAGUCUGAGUGGGACGUGUGUGACUUCAGACAUGGUCAGAUCAGUGCUGGAAGGCUGUCCCCAUCUGACCUCCCUGAACCUGACAUCAUGUCGAGCCCUGCCCAGAGGCAUGAAGCAGCUGUUUGGAGAACAGGCCAUCGCUGACCUCAGGAGACAAAUAUGCUAGCUUUAGAAAUGUCCUGUUCUGUAAAGUUCAGAACAGUUAUAAAAAUCUGAUUUAAUUAAAGAAAAAAAAUCACCUCCAAC